AUGGCGUACGACGCUGGAAAAGUCUGUGGCGUUGUGUCUUUGUAUUGGUUUGUAUCAAUAUCACUUGUCUUCGCUAACAAAUGGCUAUUGAGCAACUCGGAUGUCUUGGUAAGUGUCCAUUGCCUUGGUUUCAUGGUGUAGUUCGACGCGCCUCUAUUUAUUACGUGGUUCCAAUGUCUCUGUACAGUGGCUCUUUGUGGGGGUCUUUCUUACGCAAGUCACUUAUACCCAGAAAAACUCUCCUUUACUGCCAUUGACUUUUCGUUUGGAACUGCACUAAAGGUACAUAUGGACUUUUGUCAAGCCAUUUUUCCAGAUUCUGCCGCUUACUACGGUAUUCUUUGCCAUGAUUGUCUGCAAUAACUUUUGUCUGAAGUAUCUCGACGUCUCCUUCUAUUUCGUCGCGCGAUCCUUGACAACAAUAUUCAACGUCGUAAGUACCUUUUGUUCAUGUCGUCUCUAAGAACCUCAUCUCUACAUACCAUUCAACUGUUUUUAUUAAACUCAACCGCUCCUUUUGCCUACGCUUAGUCAUUUUCCGUGGGCAGUACGGAUGUCCAUAAAAAAACUUGUCUUCAGGCUUAUGCUUUCACAGCAAGCAGAUAUGGCCUACCUGAUAUGGCUGAAUUUCGUACCGAAAAAUCUUAUGAGGACUAGGCAGUGACCAUGUUAAUUCUCGUCUUCUCUUGAUGUUGCUGCACUGGGUUCUGCCUUACGAACUGAUUAUGGGCUUUAGCUAGCCAGGGGACUGCGUAUUCCUAACUGAGUUCGGCUGUCCAACAAAUUUUAUUCGUGAUCUGUUUUUUGUUCUAGCCUUGCGAAUUACAAAGUACUUACAUGAUAACAGUUAUACAGCUGUUUAUUUAGCUACUUUGUUCCGCAACUGACAGCCACCAGAUUGGUUUUCUGUUUCAGUCGUUCUCUCGUUCUGAAUUUCGGUUUUUGGUCCAGCGGAGCCUCAUCAAUAACCCGAAAAGCAAUUGGCUAGGACACCACGCUUAGCUCUGGCUUUUUUGUUGAGGUCAUUCUAUGGUUAUGUUUAUAGUUUUAUAACACGAUUCUAAUACGAAACUAAAUAUCAGUCUACGUCUUUCAACCCUGGUCGAUCCAGAAGAGUUCUUGACUAAGUUAUUUUACCAAACACUUCUUAGUGCUUCCACUUCUGCCCCCUGCUGUUUAUACUGGAUUGUGGACUGUUUCUAUUCUCGGUCAACUGCGACCUCUUUUAUAUGGCUUUACCUUCUUUUUAAGAUCCUUACCUACGUCGUUUUAAAGAAGACAACAACUCUCAAGGCUCUUCUGUGCUGUGGAGUUAUUAUACUUGGAUAUAUUGCAAGUGUUUUGGAGGAGAACGGUCUGGGUAAGUUUAGUUUUGUUUAUUACUUUUAAUUAACGUCAGAAUUCUCGCAAACGGUCGGAAACCAAAAGUGCUUUGUCCAAAGUAGGGGACGUGGGUUCCGAUUUCAUGGCAAUCGCAGUUGACAAUUGUUACUGACGACUACUGAUGCUAAAUUGCAGUAUUUUUGGGUUGUUCCAUCACGACCUCUGACGUUAAGUUUCAUGAAACCUUGAUUACGUAGAGGAAGUCUAGACCUUCGUUUAUGUCCUAGGUACGAGUACGCUGCACUACCUUGUCCCUCUCGCUUUCUAUGAUUUAACUUCCUUAAUCGUUACACUUAAAAUGCCUAUACCUUCAUUUAACCCGAGCGUCGGAUUAUAUCACACACAGAACGGAUGGAUGACUCCAUACGGUUUUCGUCAACUUUUGAGAUGGGAGUUUCAGGUCUUAGCUAUGCCUUAUUCGGCUUGCUUACGGGUUUCUUGUUAGAAAAUCAGCCUGCAGAUCUCCGUGGGUAGUGCUGAGGGGCGCAAAUUACCCCGGAGAUCUUCCCGUCGUUUUGCCACCUGUGGCUUGGAGGUGACAACGUCGCCGCAGCUCUCAGUAAUGUGGCUUAACUCUUCACAUUACUCCACCCGACCGACAUAUUUGGUGGCACUGUCCCCUCAACGAAGUUUUGAGGUCCAGAAUGCCUCCCCCAUGUGGACCUACAUCCUCCUUGGUCGCCAUGAGGAAGGGUUGGAAUUGAGAAACUGAAGCGACUGAUAUGGCGCGCGUCCACAAUGCCGCAAUCAUACUGAAAAUGCACAUGCAGUACACCCGCUGGAUAUCGUCCUUCACGACAGUCGAACCGCAUGUAGGGAAGUAGAUUUUUGCUCAAGUUCUCCAUAUCUUUCGUGGGCAGCCAACUUUUUAGCCAUCCAGAAUAAAAGGCAUAAUUGUCUCCCUGAGAAAUAGUCCUUCUUAUUAUGAUCAUGUAGUCUAUGAAACCCUGUAUAUGAACACAUUUGAAGGAGCCUAGUAAUAAGUUUGAUGUUAUUCAGCAACCGUGUUAUUAGUAUCCCGAGGACGCCCAUAAGACUGCUUAGUAGCAUUCCCCCCUAAAGCUCUUCCAAUGGAAGAUAUUCCCAACUAAGACGAUGAAGGCUGAGACGCCUAUUUCCAGCUUAUAUGCCGUCCUCAGUCAGCCAUACCCGAGGCUGACUUUUGAGCCUGGAUCCAGUUGGUCACUGGCCUUAGCGGACUCUAUAAUUUAAGCCAUAGGCUCGCACUUUGUUGGUCACGGAAGUCACGUCCACCGUACUAAGCUUAGAAGUUUGCAUAACGCUGGCAUAAAUCACUAUAUGUCUUAUAACAUCAAAGAGCAUGUGCGGAAACGACGCCUUAGAAUAGUCGUAGCAUAACUGGCGGUCGAGGGGGGGAUUAAACUGACGACAAACGCAAAGCUUUUUGAUCCCAAGGGCUUCCACUUGAUAGCAGUAAUGCAUUCUCUAGAAUGAAGAAAACGAAUUCCCGGUUACUGGACAACUCUCAUUAACGAGAGUCACAGUCUCUCACCCCAAUGAUUCAGAACAAUCAGAUAAUGCUAGCAAAAUAAGGAAGUAUCACCGACACAGAUUAAAACGCUGGAAAAGCCAUUUCUGGCUUAUUCACUGUCAUCAGCCAGUGAUACACCAGCAUAUGGGGUGCUGAUAGCUUUCAUAUGCUGUGGACCUGCACCUCUGAGUCAAAUCUGAAAAAUCUAUUUCCGUCCUUCACUCGGGAUAAAUCCACACAGGCUACUCCCAUGUGGUUAAAACAGAGCGUUCAGAGAAUGCACACUUACAUAACCGGCUUAUGCAAAAGUUGGAAAAACCAUUAAUGCAGUCCAGUAAGAGGAUAUUUACAUUCAAUUGCCCAUGAAGGUGAAAUUAAGAAAACUGGCGGUUCUUUCAUUGUGUUUCAUGAGAACCACCACUGCCCCGGUGGUGCAGUGGUGGCUUGCUUGGCAUCCACAAUGGUAGGGUGAAGGACCCCAUUUAACUGUCUUAGGCUGAGAAUUGUGUGCUGACGCCUGUGUCUGUGAAGCCUCAUUUAGUACUGCUUACUGGCAGUUGCACUCCCAUUUUCAGUGGUAAGACAAAAUCAAACGCACUUGAUAGGGGCUUUGGCGUACAAACACUCAGACGAGCUUUUACAAAUGUCAGAUCAGGAAUUCUUCAAAAUCGGAAUAUUCCUUUAUAGCAGUGCACCCAGUAGAUAUGCUCUUUUAGGUGAGCCAUAACAAACGGGUAUUUUGCUAGUUAUUUGUAAGGACUUGUAGGCCUUAAUUGUCGCUAAAAUCAAUAAAGGCUACUGUCUAGGUAGGUUGUUUCUUUUGCGUCAAGUUGUCAUAGCCUACUCAUCCGAGAAUCAAAUCUCUGGUGACCACCAAUUGGCCAGAAACGCCCGUUUCUUUCUCUUGUCUUUGUCAAUAACACUUUGAUCAUUGACCGCCCGUCUUCAUGCGACCGCCUACGAGGACUCGAGACGUGGGGAAAAGCUUCAUGACUGUGCGGAAGUGCUCAUUUCCUUCCUGUAAUAAAAAUUGUCAAAUGAACGCCAUUUCGUUGGAUUUUCAAUAUUCACGAUCGCAGCUGGCAGGCUGUGGACCCACAUUUUAGGCGGAGGAAAGUUCGCUCAUUCACCAAAUGGCCAGAACUCACAUCGAUGGCCUUUUCUGCCCGGCUUUGGAGUACUGCUGACCGCUGACAACAAUGAAUGGUCCUCCUCCCAUCUGGAACUCGCCCAAAUCCGAGUCUUGUCUUGAGUAGUUCGGACACCUUCUCAACACCGUCCAUCAAGCAGUCUUUAUUUCCUUCAUCUCGAUAGAUCAGUUUUAUCCAAACUAUCAAUUGUCCGACAACUAUCAUACUUUGGAAGCAAUUGUCAACACGCUACGGAUUAUGUGCAGCCAUAAGGUACCUCCUCCGGUUUGGACAAGUUUCUUGUUGGAGUCUAUACUUUCCUGGCAGUGGCGCCUCAGCGUCUUGAGGCAAUUAAACAAACACAGAACGACGAAAUCGCACCUACGACUAUAGCUUCUGUUCGCUGCGAUUCCCCUUAGCGGUUAGUGAAUCUCGACGGGCUGGCCGCCGAGCGUUCUCCAACUAGUCCUAUGAGCGGCUCAGAAUUCAUCAUUGUCUCCGCCGACACUGCAUCCGUUCCGGUCAUGCCGGGCUCUAGGGUCUGUUUUGCAUCGGCAGCCCGAGAGAAUGCUCGCAGAGGUGUUCGACAAUUUUUCAAAAGCUCGACUUUGUCUUUUUCACCACGUCUCUUGCUAUAUGCUGUUAACUGUUUGCUUUUCUGGUGACUCCAUUGAAUGUCUUUAAGUGAAACCGAUAGAAAUGCCGUAAGUAUCAUGGUAUCAAAGGAAGGGCCAGGGCGUAUUCUGCUCCAUCUCAAAUUUUCUCCAUCCCCGUUAAUCAAUCUUAAAUCGGACCGCCCGCUCUUAACUUGUUUGCCUUCCGUGUUUUUCAGGUUCACUCUCUGUGUCAGGUCUCAUUUUCGGUGUGUCAGCCAGCUUUGCAGUGGCCCUUUUUUCUAUUAUGACUUCCAAGGGCCUAGCCCAUGUUGGUGACAAUAUUUGGAAGCUGACUUUUUACAACAACCUCAACUCGUCCUUGCUCUUCAUCGUUGGCAUCCUUAUUACCUCCGAGUUCAAGGAAUUUCAGUAUCUACCGCCGUUCUUCAGGUACUCGCCCCAAUCGGUGUCGAACUACUAGACCCGUCUACCUUAUCUGGAUUUUGUGCUUGCUUUGGCAGCUUCCCACUCUAAUUCCCCGUUCCCUUCUCUGAGCAGACCACCACAACUCCUAAGCAGGCAAAAAAUCGAGCAGUGCAGAAGUGUUAUUUCCGUCAAAACGACUGCACUGCCGUUUGUCGUUACUUUUACCCACGAGUCCCGCCCUAGAGCCAUAAACUAGUGCUCCGUCUGCCGUUGUCCUACCGUUAGCGGCUGUGUGCUGGUGGCGAUGAAAUGUCGUCUACUCCAUUGUUGUGGUAACACAGCACGCUGGGACAGAUACCCGUUUUCUCUGAUCCGGGGUCAUCUGCAGCGCCACUUAUAAGUGCAUAGAGUCUUAAGCUGACCUGAAGCUGCUGCGCCUUCUGUUGGGGUUCUGGUUUUUUCUUGAGCCACCACACAAUGGCGUCUGGGGCCCUGGCUUCAUGGUCCGCCUUUAUUGGUAACUGUUAACGUUGCUGUUGCCAACGUCAUCGUCACGCCCUCUAAAAGUAGACGAGUGAGCAUCUGAAUGCUCUCUUGGUAUGUGCUCAUUCCACACUGUUGAUCUCCGUUUGUAUUUUCGAAGUACAGGCGAUGAGCAAGUGUGUUUCAUUUGCUCGAAAAUGAGGAACUCUGCCCAAGGCUGUCACAUCCUCAUCUGAACUUUGUUUGUUAUUGCAAGUCCACCGUUUACAUGGCAUAAUUUGACUUGGGUCUCUGGUUCCCCAAAGCCCUCCUCUGUUGCAUUUAUUCGAGCAAUUUAUUGCCAGGGGAAAUCUAUCCCACUCCUAAUCAUUAAUCCCCAGCAUGAAUAGCUGAAAUUUUAGUAUUCUUGCUGAUAGGAGGAUCACUUUUUAUUAAUAAGAGUCGUCGGCCGGUUUUUUUGGUCUGGAAUGCUGCGCAACAUGAUAUAGUAUGGCAAACUGACUGCAAGAAUCGCUUGAAAACUGCGCUCUGCCUAGAUAAUCCACUCCACAUGGGACUAUUUUUCAACUUUUUGCAUCUUGAAUAGGUCAAGCUACUGAUUCUGAUGCGUACGCAUGUUGACCGUAUUUGGCCUAGUCUCUUUCCUACUUGAACGCAUUGUGGAGGUUUCCUGUACACAGCGCAAAACUUUUUCUCGGUAUCAGCGAUCAAAACCAACUCCUUUUUAGGCAUGUAUGCAUCUGAAGCGGGGGCCUGGGUUCCCCGAAACAUAGUCAGCAAUUCUAUUAGUGUUGUAGGUGGCGAACUUGACAAAAGUAAACCUUUAUUACUUCCUAAUCUGUCAUUUUUUAUUAACUGGUAUGAUAGCAAGGAUUAAUUGCUCCGUUGGAUCCCCGAGAACUGCGGACAUAAAACGGGUUUGGUCUGCCUCGCAGGUAGUAUGCAGACAAUUACGAAGAUACUUAUUGUGGUUAGAGUGUCUUCCAGCCCCCAUCAUUUUAUUGAUGGUGGAUUCUAUUAUGCAUCUUUAUCUUAUUUGUCCUAGUCCAUCUGAGCGAAUACUCAUUGCUAUAACUGUCGAGCCACUUAUCACGAAAGCGUACAUCAACAACCCAAUCCUAUAGAGGGGCCCUGCUUGACAAAUAACUACCCAACGAGCCCGAAAAUCCUUGCACCGCGCGCACUCUACAUUUGCUCUUUUCUCCGUAACGUAGUAGGUCUAAUUGUUUUCUCUAAUUCUUCCUCUCCUUUCUUAAUCUAUCUUCAUACAGCCUUAUGAGUUUACUGUUCUGGAGCACAAUGCUAGUGAGCGGUGUCUUUGGGUUUGCCAUAAGCUAUGUGACCGCCUGGCAGAUCCAGGUGACCAGCCCGCUCACUCACAACAUCUCCGGAACUGCCAAAGCCGCCGCCCAGACCCUUUUGGCCGCCCUCAUUGCCCUGGACUUCAAGUCUCCCUUUUGGUGGGUCGGUAAUUGUCUCGUCGUUACCGGCUCCAUGGCCUACGCCUACGUGCGGCACCAGCUGUCCGUGCAGGCCGAGCAAGCGAACGCGGGUGACCUGAAAAAGGUUACUACCUCGUAG